AUAUUUUUAACCAUAAGUUUUAAAACUAUUUUUUUAUAACUUGUUGUCAAUAGUCAGACAAAUGUGGGGACAGUAGGACGACAAGCGGACAGCCGUCAGACGAGCGACCGAUGGAUGAGUUGCCGACACUUAUCAACGAAUUAGAGAACAUAUUAAUUAGGAUGAGCUCCGACUCCUUCUACGCCACCCCCUGUGCCUCCCCGCCCGCCACAUCGGCCGAUAGCUGUUCACCACCGCCUAGUCUGCCGCCAAAAGUCAAACCCCGGCGCUCGCAGACCACCAGCACCGUGUCCACGACGUCCACCACUUCAUCCCUGAGCCUCCGACCCCUACCGAAACCGCCUAAAAACAUACCGCCCCCUAAACCGCCACAUUUGCCACCCGCGACACCGCCCCCACCACUACCCGACUCACAGCCGCCACAGUUAUCAUCACCACACCUACUGGCGCCUGAGGUCCCGUCCAGGUUUCCCAUCAAAGACAAGAUACUGAGAGAUAACGUGGAUAUGGAGGGCAAGAUCAUACACCCGAUACGCAAACUGAGUGAACCCUUUCACCGGACACAACCAAAAAUACCAAUCGGUAUAGCCCGUUCACAGACAUUUCGUUCAUCGGACAAACACAACAAUCAUAUAAAUCAGCGCAUAAUGAGCCCCAACCACAACAAAUCCAUUAUCCAAAAGUGCGGUUAUCUCUGGAAAACGGGAUCAAAUCGUCGCGAAUUUCUGGACCGAUGGUGUGUUUUGCACCGCAAUGACCAACAACUGGAUGAGGCGGUGCUGGCCUACUAUGUGGACCGCAAGACUACCAGUGCCCGCGGAAAGAUUAUGCUCAAAGACAUCGCGUUUGUGCGGACACUGCCGGCGAUCACCUGCAAAACCAAACUGCCGACCAUCACCUCAACCAUUGAUUCGUCAAACUUUUGCUACUUCGAGAUCGGCGUCAACUGUAGGAGAGGGAGGAUCUACUUAUUCGCCGCCAAAUGUCUGUCCGAUCAGAAACUGUGGUUCAGUAUCAUCUGUCAGGCCGUCGCGUGGGAUAACUUCACGCUUAAAGAUACUUUCCAUUGCGGUUACGUUCAUAUGAAAUACGGUAUAUCCGGUCAAUGGCUCGUCAAUUAUGUGCUGUUGAGUGAGGGAAAGAUUAUUGUCAUAUCCAAAGACUUUGAUGAACACAACGAUAAUAAAAGUGUCAAAUCGUCGGAGGAUAGCGAUAGUUAUAUGAGUACCGAUUCCUGCGAUAGUAGUAAUUGCUAUCAUGCGUAUGAAAUAAGGAAAGCCAUGUCCAUUAGCUAUGCAUCCGUUCAUCAAAUCAAUUCGUGCUCAACGGUCCACGAGUCCGGUCAACCCAUUUGUCUCACUUUCCCCCAUAAAUCAGACAAAUGUGGGGACAGUAGGACGACAAGCGGACAGCCGUCAGACGAGAGACCGAUGGAUGAGUUGCCGACACUUAUCAGCGAAUUAGAGAACAUAUUAAUUAGGAUGAGCUCCGACUCCUUCUACGCCACCCCCUGUGCCUCCCCGCCCGCCGCAUCGGCCUAUAGCUGUUCACCACCGCCUAGUCUGCCACCAAAAGUCAAACCCCGGCGCUCGCAGACCACCAGCACCGUGUCCACGACGUCCACCACAUCAUCCCUGAGCCUCCGACCCCUACCGAAACCGCCUAAAAACAUACCGCCCCCUAAACCGCCACAUUUGCCACCCGCGACACCGCCCCCACCACUACCCGACUCAAAGCCGCCACAGUCAUCAUCACCACACCUACUGGCGCCUGAGGUCCCGUCCAGGUUUCCCAUCAAAGACAAGAUACUGAGAGAUAACGUGGAUAUGGAGGGCAAGAUCAUACACCCGAUGCGCAAACUGAGUGAACCCUUUCACCGGACACAACCAAAAAUACCAAUCGGUAUAGCCCGUUCACAGACAUUUCGUUCAUCGGACAAACACAACAAUCAUAUAAAUCAGCGCAUAAUGAGCCCCAACCACAACAAAUCCAUUAUCCAAAAGUGCGGUUAUCUCUGGAAAACGGGAUCAAAUCGUCGCGAAUUUCUGGACCGAUGGUGUGUUUUGCACCGCAAUGACCAACAACUGGAUGAGGCGGUGCUGGCCUACUAUGUGGACCGCAAGACUACCAGUGCCCGCGGAAAGAUUAUGCUCAAAGACAUCGCGUUUGUGCGGACACUGCCGGCGAUCACCUGCAAAACCAAACUGCCGACCAUCACCUCAACCAUUGAUUCGUCAAACUUUUGCUACUUCGAGAUCGGCGUCAACUGUAGGAGAGGGAGGAUCUACUUAUUCGCCGCCAAAUGUCUGUCCGAUCAGAAACUGUGGUUCAGUAUCAUCUGUCAGGCCGUCGCGUGGGAUAACUUCACGCUUAAAGAUACUUUCCAUUGCGGUUACGUUCAUAUGAAAUACGGUAUAUCCGGUCAAUGGCUCGUCAAUUAUGUGCUGUUGAGUGAGGGAAAGAUUAUUGUCAUAUCCAAAGACUUUGAUGAACACAACGAUAAUAAAAGUGUCAAAUCGUCGGAGGAUAGCGAUAGUUAUAUGAGUACCGAUUCCUGCGAUAGUAGUAAUUGCUAUCAUGCGUAUGAAAUAAGGAAAGCCAUGUCCAUUAGCUAUGCAUCCGUUCAUCAAAUCAAUUCGUGCUCAACGGUCCACGAGUCCGGUCAACCCAUUUGUCUCACUUUCCCCCAUAAAAACAGUAAGUUCGAGGACCAGUACCUGACCAACGAUAGCAUACCCGUCGCUAUCGAUAAGUGCAUCAAUUUCAUCGCCACGUACGGCACCGACACUCCCAAUAUCUACAUACAGCAGAACCUUCAGUCACCUGUAGCUCAGGCCAUAGUCCAUGAGUUUCACAAUAACGCAUGGGAUCUACAGCUCCGGAUGGACGCCCACUCUGUGCACGAUAUCACGGCCGCACUCAUACUGUUCCUCAAAUCCAUGUCCGAGUGCAUACUCACUGAGAAAUUAUACCACAAUUGGAUUAAAGCUAAUGAACACGAGAACCGAAACGAGAGAUUACAGAAGUUUAAGAUUUUGUUAAAUUUAUUACCGAUUGUCAACUAUUUAACGCUUAAGAAACUUAUCGCACAUAUUGUUUGUAUAAUAGAAAACAGUGACAAAAAUCAGACGUCAAUCCUAAACCUGGCGCCGGCCUUAUGUCACACCAUACUGUUCCUGAAGUGCGGCAAUAAGAUAGUGGACGACAGAGUGUCCACAUUUGACGGCGACAGCGCCGGCAUCGACAUCAUGACUGACUUCAUACAGUCGUACGGCUGGCUCUUUGACGUGACGACACAAGAGCUGGAAAAGGAGCGAAAGAUACAGAAGGCGUUGGAACUGCUAAAAGACGCCAAACAAAAGGAGUUGGGCCUCAAACUCAACAAGAAGUCUGUGUCCGACUGCGAGGAGUUCCUCAUCGGUGUCUACGUCUACAGCCGCGAGUGGGGGAAGUGUCUGAACGUUAAGCUCACGCCUACUAUGUCUGCGGCCGAUCUCAUUGAAUAUGUGGUCAAAAAGACAAACAUUAAGGACAACACGGAGAAGCUAUCGGUCUAUGAGGUCGUGUACAACGAACAGCUGGAACGGGUGCUCCACUACAGCGACAUCGUGUUAGGCGUGACCCUAUCGUGGGUGAAGUGGUCGCAGCACUACUCGCGCGACAACUACCUGUGCAUCAAACAAAACAAACUGUACGAACAGAUCGCGUCCCACAUCGCCAUCCAGACCCCGAUCACCAUAUUCUCGGAGAUGAAGUUCGCCGACAAGGCGUCCAAGAGUUUCAAAAAAGUUUUGGUUGAGUUCAUUGGCGCCAAACUGUCGGUCUAUAAGGAUGAGAAGGGCGAGAAAUCCUUAGGCCAGUGGUGUGUGGAGGACAUCACCUGGUAUUUGGGGGCCGAGAAAAAGAGGUCUAACGGCAACAAACUGUCCGUCACUUUCAUCGAUAGGAAUAAUCCGAUCGUUAAGACCAAAGAGUGUCCCUAUUUUGGUCGUGUCCUGUGCUGUAAUACUGAGGAGGAUUACCAUAAGUGGAUCGCCGGUAUGCUGUGCGCCGAGUAUCCCAAUGGAGUCGUUAAUAAUGGGAAUCAUAGACAACAAACAGAUUUGAUGGACUAAACCACUCGCAGAGUCUCUCAUAUAAAGUUUAAUUGAUUUUUAAAUUUAAUUGUGAAUUAUAUUUAUUGUAUCU